UACAAAGCAGAGAUGACGUUUGGAAAUUUAAAAAUAAUCUUUGCAACUCUUUUGCUAUUCUGUCCGGUCUAUACUCAAGCCAACUGUAAAUGUGAGCAAAUUACAACUUAUGAAAACGGCCAUCGUGUCUGUUCUUGUAGACCCGGCUAUGCCGUCAGCAGAGAUAAUCCUAACAAGUGCCAAGACAUUGACGAAUGCGGAAAUAACUCUACGAGUCCAUGUGAGCAGAUUUGUAGCAACACAAUAGGAAGCUACUCGUGCUCGUGCAAUUCUGGAUACAGCAUCAACAGCACAGAUGCUAGUAGGUGUGAAGACAUUGACGAAUGCGGAAAUAACUCUACGAGUCCAUGUGAGCAGAUUUGUAGCAACACAAUAGGAAGCUACUCGUGCUCGUGCAAUUCUGGAUACAACAUCAACAGCACAGAUGCUAGUAGGUGUGAAGACAUUGACGAAUGCGGAAAUAACUCUACGAGUCCAUGUGAGCAGAUUUGUAGCAACACAAUAGGAAGCUACUCGUGCUCGUGCAAGCCUGGAUACAGCAUCAACAGCACAGAUGCUAGUAGGUGUGAAGCAACAUGCAAAAGUGUAAACAACAGUGACCCUCGACCUCUCGUGAACCUAGACUCUGGAGUUGAAGUCAUGUGUGACACAGAGACAGACGGUGGAGGAUGGAUCAUUUUCCAAAGACGUGUUUCUGGGUCUGUAGAUUUUUACAGGAACUGGACUGAAUACAAAAAUGGGUUUGGUGAUUUCAGUUCAGGUAAUUUUUACCUGGGCAACGAGAACAUUUAUCUCUUAACGUCAAACCGUCCAACUGAACUGAGAGUGGAUUUUAUCCACGAAGGAACAAAAUAUUUCGCCCAGUAUUCCAGCUUCAACAUUUCUAGCGAGUCAGACGGUUACAGGCUACAUGUUGGUGGCUACACCGGAGAUUACGCAGACAAUCUAGCCUACCACAAUGAUAUGAAGUUUUCCACAUUUGACCAGGAUAAUGAUAUGAUUGGCCUUAACUGCGCGGAAAUGUAUCAAGGAGCGUGGUGGUAUAAAACCUGUUACUACAGUAACCUUAACGGCGUAUACGGUUCUCAGGAGUAUAUUGGCAUCUGCUGGUUGGAUUUUGUAGGUUUAUCACUCAGCGAAAUGAAAUUUAGACGUGCUUAA